AUGGCUGCUUCAGAAUACCGCUCGGUUCUAUCUCUGGUGUUGGUGCUAUGUCUUUGCAGCACCCAGAUGAGUCCGACUUCGGCGGCCAGACAACUGCUCCAAACAGUGCCCACGAUUCCAUCUCUGCCCAAACCCACGCUGCCUCCCUUGCCAGCGAUUCCUACUGUCCCUCAGGCCACUUUACCGCCGUUGCCACCUGUCCCAACAUUGCCAAAGCCGACUUUGCCACAGCUGCCAAGGGAAUAA